AUGAAGUACCUUCUAGCAGUGGUGAUCCUCAUCACCGUCAACUGUGUUGUCUCGUUUCGCCGGUCGGACUCCCAGGUCAGCGAAUAUCGGUACAAAACUGUGCACAUCCUGCCCGAAAAGAAGCUGGUUGAUGAGAACUUCGAGGACAAACUGGAAGUUUUAAGCAAAAUACUUAAGAAGCAGCAGCAAAGCCGAAAAACUGACGUUUCGGUCAAGGCUGAGGUUCCGCCCAAGUCGGAGGAGAAGCUCAAGGUAGAUUCGUACGAGGAACCCAAGAAGGAUGAAAAGGUCGCCAUUCCACGGUAUGAGUUUAGCUAUGGAGUUAAGGAUCCCCAGACCGGGGAUCGGAAGGAGCAGUGGGAAAAGCGAGUUGGGGGUCAAGUGAAGGGCCAGUACAAGUUUGCGGAAUCGGACGGUACGCAGCGAGUGGUGGAGUACGAGGCCGAUGAUGAUAAGGGUUUUGAGGCGAAGGUGAAGAAUGUGGAGCAGGGCAAGUUCAGCGAAGAGGAAGAGGAAAAGGUGGCUACGAAGUUUGACGGUGGGGAAAAAGUGGCUGAGAGUUAUAGCUAUUUGAAAAAGUAUUACUAG